AUGGGAAAAGGAGCAGUUCAUCCAAAUGGGUCAAAUUUUUGUAGAUCCUUAAAAUAUAAUAUUGUUGAUAAAAUGAGGAAAUUUAUUGAAACGAAUUUAUAUGAUAGACCAAGGUGGCUAGAAUGGUCUGAAAGAGCACCGCCUAUGGAAAUAUACAAUAUUAGUUUAAAAUCAAAAUAUAACAAUAAUAAAUAUAUCGAUUUGGUUAAAUUUUUAUUAAAAAAAUAUCCACAUUUAAGAUUUCAAGAUUGUUUUGUUGAAGGAAAUAAUAAUAUCAAAGGUUAUGAUUUUUUUAGGAAUGAUCAUAUAAUAACACAAAUGGCUACUCACCAAUUAUAUUAUAUUAAUAGAGGAUACACAAAAAAAGAAGCGUUAGAAAAAGUAGAAAAAAUAUUCUAUAAUAGAAGAAUGGAUCUUGAAAAACAACAAAAAAUAAAUAUGUGUUUGGCGAUUGACCAAAAAGUUAAACCUCUUUAUACAAAUGGAUAUUCUUAUUUAUAUGAAAAAAUGGUAGAAAAUGAAAAGGUGCAUUUGAACAUUAUACUUAAAAGGUUAAGAAAUAUGAGGAAAACAUUGGAAAAUCAAAAAAAUUCAAAUAAUUUUGAUACAAAUGCUGCUAGUACUAGCAGAAAUGAUCUUGACGACGAUAACAUUUCAGAUUCAAAUUCUUUUAAUAGUGAAAACGUUAAUGAAAGUUCAAAAAAUGAAUAA